UGUGUAAAAUUGGUGAUGUUACAAUUUAAGUACAGUUCAGACAUGUCAGAACAGAUUCAAGAAGAAAAACGAAAAGACAACCGAGCAAAAGGAAAAUAUUUUUUAAUGAGCGGCGGCGGCGGCGCGAGGCGGCGGACCGUUGGGACUGGAGAGGACAACAAGGCUAACGACCCUUGCAGGAGGCUUCGGCUCGCUCUACAAGAUCAGGAUCAGUCAGGCUGCACAUCGGAGAAGCACAGCAACAAGGAGAGCAGCAUAGCAGUGGUGCUGCCACAGAAACCAGAAGGGCAGGAAGAAACACUGGGACUCAUCACUCCCACAGACGAAAAAGUUGAAGUCAUUAAGGUUUUCCUUGAGGCUCGUUCACAGACUGGAGAGAGCGUCAGGAUGCUGACGGACGAGGUAUCACAGAUUCAGGAGGUGAGGUACUGCCUGAAGACUCUGAGAGAGCAGAUGGCAGCCAGGCAGCACAGUAACAACAACAAGUAUCCAGUCAAUGGCUUCAAAGUCAACGUGCCCAGCAGCCAACCAGCUACCACCAAUGGCAAUGCCGUUCUCAUCGAGCCAGACUCUCAUGUUGUGGAUAAUCAGGAGGAGACUGUGAGGCUCAGGGAAGUGACCAAGCAUCUGUACGCACAGCUGAAGGACAUGGAGAAGAGGCAUCAGGAGGAGAUGAAGAGACUGCAGGCCGAGUCAAAAGAGUACAGCGUUCGUCUGGUUGAGCAGUCUGAGCUGCUGCAGAAGGCGGAGGAGCUGUCGGAGGGGAGGGGUCAGCAGGUGGAGGAGCUGCAGAGGCUGCUGGAGAGCAUGAAGAUCGAGAGCGGCCACCUCAAAGACAAGAUGGCAGCGGGUGAGGCAGAGCUGCUGCAGCUUAAGGCCAGCAGGGAGGAUGGAAGAGAGCACGAGCAGAGGUGUGCAGAGCUGCAGAAGGAGGUGGCCACUCUGAAGGAAAAGAUUCAUCACCUUGAUGACAUGUUAAAGAGUCAGCAGAGGAAAGUCCGUCACAUGAUUGAACAGCUGCAGAACUCCCGGACUGUCAUCCAAGAGAGAGAUCGAGUCGUCAGGGACCUGGAGGAGAGGGUUGCUUACCUUGAAGCUGAGAACAGAGAAAUGCAUGACCACAUGGAGUACUUCCUGGCAGGCCAGGAACCUCCACCACUGACGCCCACUGAGAACAAGCCAGAGGUGGUUUACAGUAAAACCAUCACACCAGCGUCAUCUAACAACAAGGCCCUCCCAUUCAUCAAAGUCAUUGAGAUCAAGUCCUAAAUGGAAUGUUGACCACCGGAACCAGAAGUUUAGAUUACAGUGUACAUAAUAUUUAACCACCUAACCUUAUAUAAAAUGUAGGUCUGCAGUGAUUUGAAAAGGCUGGCUUACCAGACCUCAUGGUGAUGAAGCACACUGGUCUUGUGUUUGGACCUCAUAUGAACUUUUGAGGCUUUUCUGCAUACCUUAACAGGCUCAGUCAAAUCAAAGCCUAAAAGAGGGGGCACAGGGGAGUUCAGGUUAGGAUCCAGUGGUAGGAGGAAUCCUUAAAAAGGAAACAGGAUGGAGCUCUGCAAUGCAAAACUUUUACUGAACUUUUAAAUGUACAUAGACACAAAUCUGUUCAGGGUUUUCUCAGGAAGAGCUCAGUGAAGUUCCCUGUGUUGUGCUUCGAUUCCACUUCUUUCCCUCACAGGAUCCAAAAUAAGCUUUUAAACAGAACUGCUUUGUUAGGAUUAGAAAUGUCUGUUACACAUAAAGUACAUUCAGACAAAUGUGCAAAUAAUCACGUGAUGUUUAGUGUUGUCAGCUUGUCAGUUUCCUCAUCCACAGUCCGCAGCAGCAGGGUUCAGGGUCAGAUUCCUCAGUGCUUUGCACCUCAACGCCAAUGACCGGCAUGCAGUUGUUAAUGUUUAAAUAUGAUUUAUGUUUAACUUCCUCCUUCCUUUAUAAUUUUGACCUUAUUUUUUUCAUUCUGCUGGAGAAUACCUGUUAGAGGCUACCUGUAGAUAUUGAUGCUAGUUGAUCAGCAAUUCUGAUCUGCGCUGCCAAGUGCUGCCACACUAUCCUUAUCAUAUCCUGUUUGUACUAAAAGGUUGCAUAUUUAAUAACUGCUAACUGAUUUAUUUGGUUAAUGUACUUAUUUACAUAAUUAUGCAUUGUUUGUGUAGACUACAUGUCAUUUUCUGUAAAAUUUUCUGUUGCCAUCUAGGUUGAACAUUUUUAUAAACCGUUACAUUUACUGUGAACAUUGUAGAUAAAUAAAAAAGUGAAGUUCA